CCCAAAGUGCCAGGAUUACAGGUGUGAGGCACUGCACCCAGCCUGGCUGCUAUGAUGAUUAGGAACAACUCUGAAGUCUAUGAAGGGUACAGCCCCUCCAGCCUAGGGGUGAGGGAUAUUUGCAGACAUGGACUUUCUUUGAACAGACAGGGAAACUGAGGCACAGAGAGAGGAAGUGUCUUUCCAGAGGUCACAGAGCACCUUGGCAGCAGAGCUGGGACCAGAGAUCAGGGGAAUGACCUCCUUCCACAUCUCUGUGAAGAACUAAAGUCAGAUGGGGGUUAUGGGCAGGGAGUGGGCCCUUUAAAUCGUAAGCUCCACCUUUGCUUAGAAGAGUCUCUGGGCAUUAUAAAAGGGGGUGCAGCUCCCUUCUGCUCUGGGAAACGCCUGCUGCUCUUGCCCUUGCCCACGGGCCCCCAGCCCCAGCCCCUCUCCAGUGGCCCACCACCCCUGCUUUGGUGCCAUGCAGCUGCCACCCUUUGACAUGUGGAAGGACUAUUUCAACCUGAGCCAGGUGGUGUGGGCGCUGAUCGCAAGUCGGCGGCAAAGGCUGGAAACCCAAGAGAUUGAGGAGCCAAGUCCCGGGUCCCCGCUGGGGCAGGAUCAGGGGCUGGGAGGGCCAGGGGCCAACGGGGGCCUGGGCACCCUGUGCAACUUCUGCAAGCACAACGGGGAGUCCCGCCACGUCUACUCCUCACACCAGCUGAAGACACCGGACGGUGUGGUGGUGUGUCCCAUCCUGAGGCACUACGUGUGUCCCGUGUGCGGGGCCACCGGUGACCAGGCCCAUACACUCAAGUACUGCCCGCUCAACGGUGGCCAGCAGUCCCUGUACCGCCGCAGCGGGCGCAACUCGGCCGGACGCAGGGUCAAGCGCUGAGGAUCGUGAGAUGCCCACCACCAGCACCCUUAACUUUCCUGGUCCAUCCCACCCAAGUCCCUAAACUCUCUCUUCCAGUCACCCAGCCCUUUGGAAUUUCUGGCCCCCAGAACUCCACCCUGGCUGGAUCCUGAAACAGUGGAGGCUGCUGGGAGCCAGGCCAGCCCCGCCCCCUUGAACCUGUCAGCCCUCGGAGCUCUGGCCUGUGGGCGUCCGAGGGUCCUUGGUGCCGCGGGAACCCUUCCUACACGGCCCUGUAGCGCCCUCUGGGCCCCAGUUCAUGGAUCUUUUGUCCUCGUGGGGCCUGCUGAUGACAGGCGCCCUGCCCCUUCGACCUCUCUGUUCCUUGUGGAGUUCUUGGAUUUUUGAACCUCCAGGAUUCCACAGUGCUGUCCCAAGCCAGCCCUUAGGAGACACUGAACAAGGCUGGCUAAGUGCCCACUCAAGAACUUCAAGAUGGGAUGUCGACUUAAGACCAGCCUUCUCCACCUUCAGCCUCCUGCAGAACCACGGUGUCAUCGUGGACCACGCCCGUUCAUUCCUUCCCUGAGCUCCGUACCCAUCCGUCAGGAGUGGAGUGGGACGCUGGAGAGCACCGUGUCACUGGAGGGCACCGUGUCUUCACAGGCUCACCUGCGGAUGGAGAGCCGGUGGGGUGAGCUGAUACCUUUCAAUGCCGCCUGGUUGUUCUUCCCCUUGUUCAGCCCAUUGCACUUGGCACCUGCCCCCAUCCCCAAAUCACCGAUGGGUCCUUUCCCCCAGCGAGAAGCAUAUCUCUCGACCACCUCCCAUCCGAUCCCCCAAAUCGUGAUAGUUGACUAAAGGACAUUUUUUUUUUUCCUCCUGUGUUUUUCACCCUCCAACGUUCAAGUCGAGGAACCACCGAUAAGAAAGGGGUUUGAGUACCCGGAUGGGAAUGGCAAUGGCCUAGCUUUUAUUUUAGGGGCAAAGAAAAGAAGGGCCCCCGUCAGAUUUUAAGUUGUUCAGUUUUUGGCACAGGGCCGGGACCCUGAGUAUUGAGCUCUGGUGAAUAAAAAGGUUUUCCAGUCAUCUUUGAAA